AUGCUGCCUCGACUCAAAGCGGUGGCACUGGUGAAGUUUUCCAGCCGUGCAUCUCAGUCGUCUCGAAGUUUCUCUCCCCCAAUGUUGGAAUGUGUUAUUCUUGAAGAACCGCUGAAGAAGAAGAUUAGUACCUCGGAAAGAUUUGAUCCCUCAAAGAACUCAAUAUAUGCCUUCGAUUUCGCAAUUGUGAUCGAGGGACUCACCCUGAAUCCUUCCAGCCCGUGUCUGAAAAGCCAUUCCUCUGCCUUGUCCAAUCCUCUCCCAGAUCACUACGCGCGAUGGGUACUGAAACGCUCUCUUCGGCCUGUCCGCGAGAAGCGGCCCCAGCCGCACCCACGUCAGAAGACGUCUGGUCAUAAUGACUUACAGUUUGAAAUUCCGAUAUCUCUUAACCUCAAGAGCAGGAAAAUGCGCAUAGGAUCGGAGAGCUGGCCAUGGACCGUAAGACGCUCAUUAGCAGCAGGUAUAUCUGAGGCAGCGAAAUUGUUAUCAUUUCAACAUGCCACAGUACAACUAAUUAGACAUGCAUUGAUCUCACUGGUAGUUCUUGGGCUGAGGACGCAAGAAUAUGCUGACUUAGCAUCUUGGAGUAAGAAGGCCAUUCCCCAACGGAACAUCAACGCUACUAUAUUGCUUUUGCAGAAGUUCUUCUGGCAGCCGCGCAUGGGAGGGGAUGAUGGACGGAGGAUUAAGAGAUCAGGAUCCCUUGCAUUUGCGCGACUCCGAAAACCACAGCACAGUGCUCUCCCCACGGGGUUACCAACCGUUUCAGACGAUAGUAUGAGUGAUACGAUGAGAUGGGCGUUACACUCACCGGCGUCCACCAACUCAAAUCCUCAGCUACAGUUCCAUGGCGUGCCAAUGUCUGCGACGCACUCAUUGGAAACAGCCCCAAUUGACGCGUCAGAGAUCCAAGAAUCAUUUCACUACAUAGUUGCACACCGAUUUGAGAGUACAGGAGCUGAAAGGAAGAGCCCGCGCCAAAGACUAAAUACGUACGAGAGAGAGAGAGUAUUAAGAGAAACAAUAACCCUCUUCCAUUCCAUUCCAUCGCCACUAAAAAAAGCUUGCUUGUAUAGUAAUUCAGAGGAUAGUGGCAGGUUACUUCGAGACAUAGCACGUGGCCGACGUAUUUGCCGAAGAAAGCGAAGAGAAGGGGCAGAUUACUGCUACCAUGAGGGUAUCACAGAGAAACACGAGUUGAGAAACCACUUAACGGAGCCAAAAAAAUUUGGCAAAAGCGCGCAAGGAAAACAUUUUCACAACGCCGUGAAUGACAUGGCGAUAGUGCCGACGUCAAAGACAUGCAACCCGUGA